AAAUUAUACCACAAGUGAUAAAGGGUUUAAAUGACAUCCGGUUAACAUUUCUUAAUCUACCUUAUUCUCAAGAUAUGAGGCUUUUUCGCAAUGAUAAAUUUAGUUCUCAAAGGGAACCAUAUUACGGGAAAUGUACACAAUGCAAGAGAUAUAAUACUUCAUUAGCCUGGUGUCAGUCGUGUGAUCCUUUUAAAACUACUCAAGGAUGGACUAGUGGAAAUAAGGAUAUUGAUGAUUACAUUAAAGAAUUUCAGCUUAAAGCUACUGAAUAUGAAGACGUAAUUGAGUGGAUUCCAUUUAAUAGGCUAUCUGAAUUUCAAAACAUUAGCGAAACAGAAUUUUGGGCGCAAUGGUUAGAUGGAAUACGAAAGGUUAAAAAUCGUACACAAUCACGUACAUUAUCGUGUUCAGUCGAACUUAGGAAAUUUGAUGGUUUACAAGUUAAUGCAUUAGAAUUUAUAAGAAAUCUUAAAAAUUAUCUCCGAUCAUGGUAUUGGGAACAUAAUAUAUAUGGAAUUACCCGGGAUACAACUGGCCAAUAUAUGAUUGUAUAUGAUUGUUUUUAUUCUAAAAGGUAUAUGAGGUAUGGAGAAUGUGCACAAUGCGAGAGAUAUAAUACUUCAGAAGCAUGGUGUCAGUCGUGUGAUUCUUUUAAAACUACUCAAGGAUGGACUAGUGGAAAUAAUGAUAUUGAUUAUUGCAUUAAAGAAUUUCAGCUUAAAGCUACUGAAUAUAAAGAUGUAAUUGAGUGGAUUCCAUUCAAUAGGUUAUCUGAAUUUCGAAAAAUUAAUGAAAUGGAAUUUUGGGCACAAUGGUUAGAUAUAAAUGAGUGGAUUCCAUUCAAUCGUCGACCUGAAUUUCGAAAAAUUAAUGAAAUGGAAUUUCGGGCACAAUGGUUAGAUGGAAUACGAAAGGUUAAAAAUAACACACAAUCACGAACAUUAUCAUGUUCAGUUGAACUUACGAAAUUUGAUGGUUUACAAGUCGAUGCAUUAGAAUUUAUAAGAAAUUUUAAAAAAUUUAUCCAAUCAGAAGAUAGUAAGCAUAAUAUAAAUACGCAUGUUAUAUAUGGAAUUACCCGGGAUACAACUGGCCAAUAUAUGGUUGUAUUUGAUGAAUACUCUUCUAUAAGGAAUAUAAUGUAUGGAAUAUGUGCACAAUGCGAGAGAUAUAAUACUUUAGAAGCAUGGUGUCAGUCGUGUGAUCCUUUUAAAACUACUCAAGGAUGGACUAGUGGAAAUAAGGAUAUCGAUAAUUGCAUUAAGGAAUUUCAGAUUAAAACUAUUAAUUAUGAAAACGUUAUUGAAUGGAUUCCAUUCAUUAAAUUAUCUAACUUGCAAAAAGUUGAUGAAUCAAGACUUCAGGCAUUAUGGUUAGAUGGGAUACGAAAGGUCGAAAUUAAAACACAAUCACGUAUAGCAUCACAUACAGUUGACCUUAAGAAAUUUGAUGGUUUACAAGUUGAUGCAUUAGAAUUUAUAAGAAAUUUUAAAAAUUAUAUCCAAUCAGGGGAUAAAGUAUACGGAAUAACUCAAGAUGCAACUGGUCAAUAUAUGAUUGUAUUUGACGAAUUCUCUUCUAUAAGGAAUAUUAAAUAUGGGAUGUGUGCCCAAUGCGAUAGAUAUAAAACUUCACAGGCAUGGUGUCAGUCGUGUGAUCCUUUUAAAACUAUUCAAGGAUGGACUAGUGGAAAUAAGGAUAUCGAUGAUUGCAUUAAAGAAUUUCAACUUAAGUCUUCUAAAUACGAGAAUGUAAUUGAAUGGAUUCCAUUUAAUAGGUUAUCUAACUUGCAAAAAGUUGAUGAUUCAAGCUUUCAGGCAUUAUGGUUAGAUGGAAUACGAAAGGUCAAAAAUAAUAUACAGUCACGUAUAUCAUCAUGCGUAGUUGAACUUGAGACAUUUAAUAGUUUUCUAAUUGAUACAUUAGAAUUUAUAGGAAAUUUUAAAAAUCAUAUGCAAUCGGAAAAUAAUAAAGUAUAUGGAAUUACACAGAACGUGAUAACUCGUAAAUAUAUGGUCAUAUUUGAUAGAUUCAGUUCCAUAAGGAGGAAAUAUUACGAGAUUUGUGCAAAGUGCAAGCGUUAUAAUACUUCAUUUGCCUGGUGUCAGUCAUGCGACCCUUUUAUAGCCACUCAAGGAUGGACUAGUGGAAAUAAGGAAGUUGAUUAUUGCAUUAAAGGGUUUCAACUUAAAUCUUCUAAAUACGAAAAUGUAAUUGAAUGGAUUCCAUUUAAUAGGCUAUCUAACUUGCAAAAGGUUGAUGAAUCAAAAUUUCGGGCACUAUGGUUAGAUGGAACGCGAAAGAUCGAGGAUAAUAUACGGUUACGUAUAUUAUCAUGCGCAGUUGGACUUAAAGCAUUGAACAGUUUUCCGGUUAAUAUAUUGGAAUUUAUAAGAAAUUUUAAAAUUUAUAUGCAACCAAAUGAUAAUAAACUUAAAGUAUAUGGAAUAACACAAGAUACAACGACUGGUCAAUAUAUGAUUGUAUUUGACGAAUCUUCUUCUAUAAGGGAUAAUAUAUAUGGAAUAUGUGCACAAUGCAAUGGAUUUAAUACUUCAUUAGCCUGGUGUCAGUCGUGUGAUCCUUUUAAAGCAACUAAAGGAUGGACUAGUGGAAAUAGGCAUAUCGAUGAUUGCAUUAAAGAAUUUCAACUUAAUGCUACUAGACAUGAAGAUGUUAUUGA